GUCGCAAACUCUGAUGGCGCCACGUUAUCUUCAUCCCUCCUCUUGACGAACUGUCAAGGUGAGGAACGUUGUUUGUAUACGAAAUUUUUAUCAGUUUUCAACCAUAUCCGCGAUCCGAAGACUUCAAACAAGUAAAAAAGAUCAGGAUGAAUCGCACAAUGGAUGAAAAGGAAGAAUUGGUAAAGAAGUCAUUGUUUAGUUUUGUGAGAAAGGAGGUGCCUACUGCCCAAUUGAGUUUAAUAGAUGAUAUUGUUCUUGGCUAUGUGGUAAGUAUGGUAGAAGAAAGUGCACUUGAGGAAGACUUAGAUGUUGAUGGACUUUGUGAAAUGGUGUCCGCUUGUCUUCCUGAGUUUUCAAAGAUUGAAAAGGAUGCAGUAUCCAAGUGGUUGUUAGAUGUUGAAAGUAAGUUACGGGAAGAGAGUAAAGAAAAUCAAAAUUGCCAGCCUCAAGAUCCUUUGAGUCAAAUUAGUCUGACUGCACUAUUACCACCUGGUACAGAAAGAAUGAGAGUUCAUCAUCUUUCUGAAACAAGUGAUGCUGGUAGUGAUUCUAGUGGAGAAUACUUUCAAGAAGAAUCAUCAUGGCAUCAAGUAGCACUAUUGCAAGAAAUGUUUCCAGCUGCGAGUCCAGCCGAGCUAAGACAUUGCUUAGCUGUAGCUGGUGGUGAUAUUACAGAGGCUGCUCAGCUUGCUCUUCAUCGUCAAGAAGCAGGACAAAGUAUUGCUAGUAACCUGACAUUUGUAACACCGAACGGUCGCAACAGGGCUAGACUGAACGAUGAGGAACUAAAGUCACGUAUCAUCGCAAGAUAUAGUUACGUCGACAGGGACGACGACUCGCGUGAGCAUCGCCCAGUCGCUCCGAAAACGGAACCGAAAAAGUUAGUGCGCUAUCUUGAAAACAAGAUUGUAAGCGUGAAGGGUGAACGGUAUACAGAAGUUAGACGAGGCGGUGAAGAAGAAGAUGGUAACGAAGGCGGUAGGAAAAGAAGCCAUUGCCGGCCGUAACCAGUCCCUUUGCCUCCACCCCCCGAUCCACCCCCUUGGAGGCAUCUAAUUUCAAAUUAAAGCUUUCACUUAGAUUCUCUCUUAUCUUGCUUGUAGAGGAAUACAGACAGGGUGUUGAACUUCUAUGUGCAGCGCUAUAUUCUUCUUUUGUUCCUUUUCCGGUUGAAUUCGUCUCGGUCAGUCACUAUUAAUCAAUAUUAGAUAUGUAUCCUCUUUUUAUGCGUGAUAUUAUUUUUUAAUGUGAUCUGAUACAAGAGAUUCGUAGAACUUUAAAAUCGCAAAUUGUGCAGGGUGCCGUUUACUGUACACGGAAGAACGGAAAUUUAUUUGAACGGCGAUACGCUCGCGACCAUUAUUAUU